AUGAAAGAGGUCCCAUCUUUAUCGGUUGUUGAUUAUUUAAGAACUACAAAUAUUGGUGUUGAACUUGGUGUAAUGGCAGUGAUACAUGCUCAAGGAUACAAUGAACCAACAUUAUUUUCAGAUCCUGCAUGGUGUGACUUGAUAAAAUCAAUUACCCAGAUUGUUUAUCAUUUGAAUGAUAUUGUUUCUUUCGAGGUAGAGAAAACUCAAAUUGGAACUUGUAAUACAAUUUCAAUUCAAAUUCAUAAUGGAAUGACACCCCAACAAGCAUAUCUCUCAAUCAUUCAAGAUAUUAACAAUUUAGAUUCUAUAUUUAAAGAAUUGGUUUUGGAAAAUAAUGAAAAGGUUGCUAGAAGUUUUGGAGAUUUAUAA